AUGAAGUUUUUGGUAGUUGUGGCUGCUGCUCUGGCAAUGGCGAGCGCCGCUAGCCUUUCAUUGGAGGACCUGGAGUUCCAUGCCUGGAAACUGAAGUUUGGUAAGAGACGUAUCUCUAGCCUAUUCGUGUCAGCCUAUUUCAUUUCAGCCUCUUAUCAAUGACAAUAAUGGAGUGUGUGACUCUCUCCUCUUUUCUUCAUGUUGAUUAUCUGUCAAUCUGAACCUCUUCUUUCUCAUUGUCCUGUUUAAGAUGAUAUAGAGUAGGGGUCCCCAACAUGUAUAGAGCUACUCACAGCCUGCACAUUUUGUUAUUGUAGGCGUAUAUUUAAUAGAGGCACCCAGUGCUUAAUUUGAAUUAUUAUUAUUAUUAUUAUUAUUAUUAUUAUUAUUAUUAUUAUAGAAAGAGGAGAGCAAAAAUAAGUUUGAAUGAAAUUAGUUUUGUUGUACAAACAUGUCAAUAUCGAUGUUCCCGAACAGAUUUCAGUUGGUUUUGGGAUUUUGUGGCUUUAGUGGGCUACUGUCUGUCUGUUCUUCAAAGUGCAAAUGCGUUCGUGACUGAACUCUAUAGGUCAUGAUUCAGGUAGACAGGCUACCGCCAAAACGUGUCAUAAAUCCAACCGCAAAUAAUGUCGCAUAGCCUAUCUACCCCAUCUAGGCCUAAGCAUAACAGUAACCUACAAUUCUAUAAGGGGAAAAAUCAAACGAAUGGGCAUAUUAGAUCAUUUAAAAUAAAUGAUGCAGUGUAACACUGGAGAGAUAGAGAGAGGGUUGCAGGCUUAUGUCUGUCAGAGCAGAGGGAGGGAGAUAGCUAGAAGCACUGUUCUCUCUCUCUCUCUCUCUCUCUCUCACCACAGCAAAGGCCACGCGUUGGUUUCAAAACAUAGCCUACACAGUUGCACAAACCAAAGAACAGUCACGGCCCACACAAAUCAAUUCUCAGAAUAUCGGCAAGAGAAUUAACAAGGAGUCCAUUUUAUUUAUCUCUGAUCGCUCUCUUUAGAAUUGUUACAUUGCAAACAGUGAAAAUUAUGUUUCAUGCCAUGAGAGGAAGGUUCAGUGGCGAUUUCAGCAUGUACAUCUUGAUGGGGCAAACUCCCCCAUUUAAAAAAAAAUGCAUGCCAAAAAAGCCACUACACAACACAACACAACACUAAACAAUAUCUGAAUUGCACUAUAAGGGUGACAAACAGUGCCCACAAACUGUUAGGGCCUACAUAAAGCUGUCCCAACAGCAGAGCUUUCUUUUCAGCACCAUGGAGUUAAUCCUUACCACCGCUACACCUGGCUAUCAGUGGAGCCUUGUCUGGCAGCGAAACCAUUCAGCCUCAUUUACUGCCUUUUUAAAAAACAUAGCUGAUAUGGCUGACUGGCUUAAACAAAUGUGGUUUCUAUGACAAAUGAGAUGUACAAACUAUGGCAAAAGGGAAUGAUGAGCGGAUAAGUGGCAAUCCAUAAUUUUGAUUAAGACAUUAAUGAGCGAGCUAAGACGGACGUAGUCAAUAUAACUAUUUGUUCAGCACUUUGGAAAUGUACAGCGACAGAAUUCAGAACAUUCUUACAGUAUUCUCCCUGUACACCAAGUCAGAACCGUAGGAUAAAUAAAGGGGGCAUUUAAGCAGACAAUGAAAGCUCUUACAAUAUUCGAUGAUGACAUUUCUCUAAAACAGGCUAUAGGCAACAUGUGCACCACCAAGUCAGAACAGUAGGCUAAUUUCUGAGGGGGAAAGGGACCAAAUUAUUAGGGUGAGGCACAUGGGCUACUAACAGCUUACUACACAACAUACACUUAGUAUUACUUUCUUAGCCAGAGUAUACAUAUCUCCCUGGCAUAUUACAUCAUUUAUGCAGCAGCAUACAAGACAUUUUUGGACUCGCCGUUGUUGGGCUGUGCUCACUUGAACAGGAAGGUGGCACGGCGGUCCUUGUCAUCAAACUUUGUCAUCAAAGUCUGGCAUUCUCUGGAUUUAUGGUGCUUUCAAGACAACUGGGAACUAGGAAAAAAACAAGGUUGAAUCAUGACGUCAGUGAUCUUCAAGUCGGAGCUCUAGAAAGAGGCCCGAGUUCCCGACAUGGAAGACCAUUCAAAACGUAUUUUCCCAGACGGAGCACGUUUUUUCCGAGUUCCCAGUUGUCUUGAACUCACUGAAGUCAGAGAUUUCCCAGUUCCAAGUUUCCAGUUGUUUUGAACGCGGCAGAAGUCAUGCUGGAUUGACAACAUGGCCAAUUUAUUCAACCUUUUCUGGCCCAUGGUGUUGCAUGUGAAUGUUUAUCCUUUUAAGCUUGGAAAAAAUACCCUUAAACCCAAACUUGGACCAUACACCCUCACCAAUGAAUAGCAGGCUACUGAUUGCUUUGCAACGCAGUUAGCCACUGAUUCCUUCCAAACCACUCUGUUAAAUUUGCGAUUUCCAACUUGUUGUGUAAUGUCCACCGAAACGUUUUAUCUAUAAUUUCUCUUCAUAUGACAAGGAUUGAAAAUGAUUUGCCAGUAGAUUGUCAACUUGAUUUAUGAGGAUGACUGCUUGUCUAGCUUGCUAGCUAAGAUUUUGAAAGUAUGAUGUUGACAUGACCAGUCCAAUCAAAGCUACGGUAGAUAUAACGUGAUUUGACGUAAUUUUAUCUGUGGCCAAUGACCUUGAGCCUUCUUGGAUGGGCACUUCUAAGGUAAAUCUAUGGUAGCACCCAAGGGGCUUGAAUUUUUUAGCUCUCCCCGUAGAUUUUGUGGUGACAUAGUGUCCCCAUGAGGGACAGAUCACUGAGCCAAUGAAGGCGCAACUAACAUUACCAAACCCUACGCAUUGUAUUUUCCGCUGGCUGCCCCACAAACACAGAAAGCACUGAGCUAGGCAGAAACACCUGUACAGUGGCUUGCGAAAGUCUUCACCCCCCUUGGCAUUUUUCCAAUUUUGUUGCCUUACAACCUGGAAUUAAAAUGGAUUUUUGGGGGGUUUGUAUCACUUGAUUUACACAACAUGCCUACCACUUUAAAGAUGCAAAAUAUUUUUGGGUGUGAAACAUACAAGAAAUAAGACAAAAAAACAGAAAACUUGAGAGUGCAUAACUAUUCACCCACCCAAAGUCAAUACUUUGUAAAGCCACCUUUUGCAGCAACUACACCUGCAAGUCUCUCGGGGUAUGUCUCUAUGAGCUUGGCACAUCUAACCACUGGGAUUUCUGCACAUUCUUCAAGGCGAAACUGCUCCAGCUCCUUCAAGUUGGAUGGGUUCCGCUGAUGUACAGCAAUCUUUAAGUCAUACCACAGAUUCUCAAUUGGACUGAGGUCUGGGCUUUGACUAGGCCAUUCCAAGACAUUUAAAUGUUUCCCCUUAAACCACUCAAGUUUUGCUUUAGCAGUAUGCUUAAGGUUAUUGUCCUGCUGGAAGGUGAACCUCCAUCCCAGUCUCAAAUCUCUGAAAGACUGAAACAGGUUUCCCUCAAGAAUUUCCCUGUAUUUAGAGCCAUCCAUCAUUCCUUCAAUUGUGACCAGUUUCCCAGUCCCUGCCGAUGAAAAACAUCCCCACAGCAUGAUGCUGUCACCACCAUGCUUCACUGUGGGGAUGGUGUUCUCGGGAUGAUGAGAGGUGUUGGGUUUGCGCCAGACAUAGCGUUUUCCUUGAUGGCCAAAAAGCUCAAUUUUAGUCUCAUCUGACCAGAGUACCUUCUUCCAUAUGUUUGGGAAGUCUCCCACAUGGCUUUUGGCAAACACCAAACGUAUUUGUUUAAUUUUUCUUUAAGCAAUGGCUUUUUUCUGGCCACUCUUCUGUAAAGCCCAGCUCUGUGGAGUGUACGGCUUAAAGUGGUCGUAUAGACAGAUACUCCAAUCUCCGCUGUGGAGCUUUGCAGCUCUUUCAGGGAUAUCUUUGGUCUCUUUGUUGCCUCUCUGAUUAAUGCGCUCCUUGCCUGAUCCGUGAGUUUUGGUGAGUGGCCAUCUCUUGGUAGGUUUGUUGUGGUGCCAUAUUCGUUCAAUUUUUUAAUAAUUAAUUUAAUGGUGCUACGUAGGAUGUUCAAAGUUUCUGAUAUUUUUUUAUAACCCAACCCUGAUCUGUACUUCUCCACAACUUUGUCCCUGACCUGUUUGGAGAGCCCCUUGGUCUUCAUGGUGCCGCUUGCUUCGUGGUGCCCCUUGCUUAGUGGUGUUGCAGACUCUGGGGCCUUUCAGAACAGGUGUAUAUAUACUGAGAUCAUGUGACAGAUCAUGUGACAUUUAGAUUGCACACAGGUGGACUUUAUUUAACUAAUUACGUGACUUCUGAAGGUAAUUGGUUGCACCAGAUCUUAUUUAGGGGCUUCAUAGCAAAGGGGGUGAAUACAUAUGCACGCACCACUUUUCCGUUAUUUAUUUUGUAUAAUUUUUUUAUAGAAGUUAUUUUUUUCAUUUCACUUCACCAAUUUGGAAUAUUUAUUAUUCUGUAUAUGCAUCGGUCACGUCUUUCCCCUGCAUUUUACAGCUUGUUUGUAGCAUUACGGACUAAAGUGUCGUUAGAUAUUGCUUUAUAUAAUCAGGUCCAUUACAUUUAUUUCAAGAUCUUAAACUAACAAGGCGUAGGCCUAUGCUGUUAGCAUUUAUUUUUUUCAAAAACGUUUGCAAGGCACUGUAUGCUGAGCAUUUGUUGGCUGCUUUUCCGUCACUCUGCCAUCUGACUCAUCUCAAACCAUCUCAAUUGGGUUGAGGUCGGGGGAUUGUGGAGGCCAGGUCAUAAGAUGCAGCACUCCAGCACUCUCCUUCUUGGUAAAAUAGCCCUUACACAGCCUGGAGGUGUGUUGGGUCAUUGUCCUGUUGAAAAACAAAUGAUAGUCCCACUAAGCUCAAACCAGAUGGGAUAGAGUAUCGCUGCAGAAUGCUGUGCCUUGAAUUCUAAAUAAAUCACAGACAGUGUCACCAGCAAAGCACCCCCACACCAUAACACCUCCUCCUCCAUGCUUUACUGUGGGAGAUCAUCCGUUCACCCACACCACAUCUCACAAAGACACGGCGGUUGGAACCAAACAUCUCCAAUUUGGACUCCAGACCAAAGGACACAUUUCCACCGGUCUAAUGUCCAUUGCUCGUGUUUCUUUGCCCAAGCAGGUCUCUUCUUAUUAUUGGUGUCCUUUAGUAGUGGUUUCUUUGCAGCAAUUCGACCAUGAAGGCCUGUUUCACACAGUCCCCUCUGAACAGUUGAUGUUGAGAUGUGUCUGUGACUUGAAAUCUGAAGCAUUUAUUUGGGUUGCAAUUUCUGAGGCUGGUAACUCUAAUGAACUUAUCCUCUGCAGCAGAGGUAACUCUGGGUCUUCCAUUCCUGUGGCGGUCCUCAUGACAAAAAGUUUUAGCAUAGCGCAUGAGGGUUUUUGCGACUGCACUUGAAGAAACGUUCAAAGUUCUUGAAAUGUUCCGUAUUGACUGACUGUCAUGAAUAUCUGUGGAAUGCGGUAUGCCAGAGUCAAGUGCACUGAAUGAAAUGAAAAUCUACUUUACUGAAUAGUAAAGAAACAAGCAAAACCUCCAAACACAGGGAGGAGCAAACCCGCUCACAAAAGACACUCUUAACAAGCAACAAACACUCACAACACACAGUCGGGGCGAACAGGUUAAAUAGGGAAGGACAUAAUACAAUAAUGGGAAACAGGUGCGCAACACUAGACAACAACCAGGUGAACAUAGAAACAUAAAACAUAGAUCGGCAGCAGCUAGUAUUCCGGUGACGACGAACGCCGCAGCCUGCCCGAACCAGAAGGAAGGGCAGUCUCGGCAGAAUCCGUGACACUGACAUUCAUGUCUUAAAGUAAUGAUGGACUGUCGUUUCUCUUUGCUUAUUUGAGCUGUUCUUGCCAUAAUAUGUACUUGGUCUUUUACCAAAUAGGGCUAUCUUCUGUAUACCCCCCCUACCUUGUCACAACACAACUGAUUGGCUCAAACGCAUUAAGAAGGAAAUAAAUUCCACAAAUUAACUUUUAAGAAGGCACACCUGUUAAUUGAAAUGCAUUCCAGGUGACUACCUCAUGAAGCUGGUUGAGAGAAUGCCAGGAGUGUGCAAAGCUGUCAUCAAGGCAAAGGGUGGCUACUUUAAAGAAUAAAAUAUAUUUAGAUUUGUUUAACACUUUUUUGGUUACUACAUGAUUCCAUGUGUGUUAUUUCAUAGUUUUGAUGUCUUCACUAUUAUUCUACAAUGUAGAAAAUUGUAAAAAUAAAGAAAAACCCUUGAAUGAGUAGGUGUAUCCAAACUUUUGACUGGUACUGUAAGUCCAUGUUAAAGCUAGAAUCCUUAGUUGCUACAUACAUAUUUUUUGGCUGAAAUAGCCAAAUCCACUAAUAGACAUACAUUUUGACAUCAUGGAUGGUCAGUCCUUGCAUCCAUAUGAAUUUGAGAGUGGUUACAUUUAUCCAGGCCCAUCUCUCAGCUUUUUACUAAAACAGAGGUAGGGUGCCCGCUUUGCUAUUGUUUCAAUUAAGGACUAUUCAAGUCUGAAUAGGGUCCUGAAUGAACUGACUUUGACUCCUACAGGAAAGUCCUACAGCUCUCCAGUGGAGGAGGCUCAGCGCAGGAGGUCCUGGAUCUCCAACCGCAAACUGGUGCUGCUCCACAACAUGCUGGCUGACCAGGGCAUCAAGUCCUACCACCUGGGCAUGACCUACUUCGCUGACAUGGUAUGGCCUAGACACAUGCCAUUUUAAUUGGACAGUGAAGAAUAGUUCACAUAUAUGUAAAUUCAUGAAGGAUAAAAUGAUAAAAUGAAGAAUAGAAGGAGCUCUUUGACUUCCCCUUUUUCAGAGUUACAGCAUUGGUAGAAAAUAAAAACAGCCUGUUAGUAUGUAGGCUACUGUACCUGUUGUGCUCUGUAUCCUCUAGUCUACCUGAAGUUAAUAAUUAGAUACAACAGAAUGAUAGAUACCCCAAAAAACAAGGGAAAUACAUUUAGUCUUUCUGAAAUAAUUGUGUCCAUUGAUUAUAAAUAAUAAUUAGGUCUGUCAAACGAUUAAAACAUUUUAUUAAGUUAAUUGCAGGAUCUGCUGUGAAUAAUCGCAAUUAUUCCCAUUACCCAAAUCCUCAAAGUGAACAGGAAUUUAAAGGGAAAAUCCACUCAAAAACUAUAUUUUGGGAUUUUUUUCAUUAGUUCACUGUUGAUACAGUCCCAAAAUAUUUUGCAUGUCAGCAGUCAAGUUUUCAAGAUAUUGGACUUUAAAGAAGCAAAGUGUCACUGGCCACAUCAUCAAUGUUUGUCUAUGGAGAUUGCAUGGCUUUGUGCUCGAUUUUAUACACCUGUCAGCGACGGGUGUGGCUGAAAUAGCCGAAUCCACUAAUAGACAAACAUUGGCAGUAGAAUGACCUUACUGAAGAGCUCAGUGACUUUCAACAUGGCACCGUCAUAGGAUGAUACCUUUCCAACAAGUCAGUUCGUCAAAUUUCUGCCCUGCUAGAGCUGCCCCGGUCAACUGUAAGUGAUGUUAUUGUGAAAUGGAAACGUCUAUGAGCAACAAUGGCUAAGACGUGAAAUGGUAGGCCACAAAAGCUCACAGAAGGCGCGUAGCGCUUAAAAAUUGUCUGUCCUCGGGAUGCAACACUCACUACCGAGUUCCAAACUGCCUCUGGAAGCAACGUCAGCACAAUAACUGUUAGUCGGGAGCUUCAUGAAAUGGAUUUCCAUGGCCGAGCAGCCGCACAAAAGCCUAAGUUCACCAUGCGCAAUGCCAAGCGUCAGCUGGAGUGGUGUAAAGCUCGCCGCCAUUGGACUCUGGUAUAGUGGAAACAUAUUAUCUGGAGUGAUGAAUCAUGCUUCACCAUCACCAUCUGGCAGUCCGUCGGACAAAUCUGGGUUUGGCGGAUGCCAGGAGAACACUACCUGCCCGAAUGCAUAGUGCUAACUGUAAAGUUUGGUGGAGGAGGAAUAAUGAUCUGGGGCUGUUUUUCAUGGUUCGGGCUAGGCCCCUUAGUUCCAGUGAAGGGAAAUCUUAAUGCUACAGCAUACAAUUACAUUCUAAACGAUUCUGUGCUUCCAACUUUAUGGCAACAGUUUGGGGAAGGCCCUUUCCUGUUUCAGCAUGACAAUGCCCCCAUGCACAAAGUGUGGUCCAUACAGAAAUGGUUACAUUACAGCCUUUUUCUAAAAUUGAUUGAAUUGGGUUUGUUCCUCAAUACCACAUAAUGAUAAAGGAAAAGCAGUUUUAUUUACAUUUUUGCACACACAAAAAAGAAAGAAAAAGAAAGAAAGACCUCAUUUACAUAAGUAUUCAGACCCUUUACUCAGUACUUUGUUGAAGCACCUUUGGCAACGAUUACAGCCUCGAGUCUUCUUGGGUAUGACGCUACAAGCUUGGCACACCUGUAUUUGGUGAGUUUCUCCCAUUCUUCUCUGCAGAUCCUCUCAAGCUCUGUCAGGUUGGAUGGGGAGCGUCACUCCACAGCUAUUUUCAGGUCUCUCCAGAGAUGUUCAAUCGGGUUCAAGUCCGGGCUCUGGCUGAGCUACUCAAGGACAUUCAGAGACUUGUGCCGAAGCCACUCCUGCGUUGUCUUGACUGUAUGCUAAGGUUCGUUGUCCUGUUGGAAGGUAAACCUUCGCCCCCAGUCUGAGGUCCUGAGCGCUCUGGAGCAGGUUUUCAUCAAGGAUCUCUCUGUACUUUGCUCCAUUAAUCUUUCCCUCGAUCCUGACUAGUAUCCCAAUCCCUGCCGCUGAAAAACAUCCCCACAGCAUGAUGCUGCCACCACCAUGCUUCACCGUAGGGAUGGUAUUGGCCAGGUGAUGAGCGGUGCCUUGUUUCCUCCAGACGCAACGCUUGGCAUUCAGGCCAAAGAGUUCAAUUUUGGCUUCAUCAGACCAGAGAAUCUUGUUUCUCAUGGUCUGAGAGUCCUUUAGGUGCCUUUUGGCAAACUCCAAGCGGGCUGUCGUGACUUUUACUGAGGAGUCUGCUAAAUGACUAAAAUGUAAAUGUAAAUGAGUGGCUUCCGUCUGGCUACUACCAUAAAGGCCUGAUUGGUGGAGUGCUGCAGAGAUGGUUGUCCUUCUGGAAGGUCCUCCCAUCUCCACAGAGGAACUCUGGGGCUUUGUCAGAGUGACCAUCGGGUUCUUGGUCACCUCCCUGACCAAGGCCCUUCUCCCCUGAUUGCUCAAUUUGGCUGGGCGGCCAGCUCUAGGAAGAGUCUUGAUGGUUCCAAACUGCUUCUAUUUAAAAAUGAUGGAGCCACUGUGUUCUUGGGGACCCUCAGUGCUGCAGACAUUUUUUGGGACCCUUCCCCAGAUCUGUGCCUUGACACAAUCCUGUAUCGGAGUUGUACGGACAAUUCCUUCGACCUCAUGGCUUGGUUUUUGCUCUAACAUGCACUGUCAACUCUGGGACCUUAUAUAGACAGGUGUGUGGCUUUCCAAAUCAUGUCCAAUCAGUUGAAUUUACCACAGGUGGAUUCCAAUCAAGUUGUAGAAACAUCUCAAAGAGGAUCAAUGGAAACAGGAUGCACCUGAGCUCAAUUUCGAUAUACAGUACCAGUCAAAAGUUUGGACACACCUACUCAUUCAAGGGUUUUUCUUUAUUUUUACUAUUUUCUACAAUGUAGAAUAAUAGUGAAGACAUCAAAACUAUGAAAUAACACAUAUGGAAUUAUGUAUUAACCAAAACAGUGUUAAACAAAUCAAAAAAUAUUUUAUAUUUGAGAUUAUUCAAAUACCCACCCUUUGCCUUGAUGACAGCUUUGCACACUCUUGGCAUUCUCUCAACCAGCUCUCCUUGAAUACUUUUCAAACAGUCUUGAAGGAGUUCCCACAUAUGCUGAGCAAUUGUUGGCUGCUUUUCCUUCACUCUGCCGUCCGACUCAUCCCAAACCAUCUCAACAGGGUUGAGGUCGGGGGAUUGUGGAGGCCAGGUCAUCUGAUGCAGCACUCCAUCACUCUCCUUCUUGGUAAAAUAACCCUUACACAGCCUGGAAGAGUGUUGGGUCAUUGUCCUGUUGGAAAACAAAUGAUAGUCCCACUAAGCCCAAACCAGAUGGGAUAGAGUAUCGCUGCAGAAUGCUGUGGUAGCCAUGCUGGUUAAGUGUGCCUUGAAUUCUAAAUAAAUCACAGACAGUGUCACCAGCAAAGCACCCCCACACCAUAACACCUCCUCAUCCAUGCUUUACGCUAGGAACUACACAUGCAGAGAUCAUCCGUUCACCCACACCGCGUCUCACAAAGACACGGCAGUUGGAACCAAAAAUCUCACAUUUGGACUCCAGACCAAAGGACACAUUUCCACCGGUCUAAUGUCCAUUGCUCGUGUUUCUUGGCCCAAGCAGGUAUUUUCUUCUUAUUGAUGUCCUUUAGUAGUGGUUUCUUUGCAGCAAUUCGACCAUGAAGGCCUGAUUUACACAGUCCCCUCUGAACAGUUGAUGUUGAGUUGUGUCUGUGACUUGAACUCUGUUAAGCAUUUAUUUGGGCUAAGAUUUCUGACGCUGGUAAAUCUAAUGAACGUAUCCUCUGCAGCAGAGGUAACUCUGGGUCUUCUAUUCCUGUGGCCGUUCUCAUGAGAGCCAGUUUCAUCAUAGCUCAUGCUGGUUUUUGCGACUGCACUUGAAGAAACUUUCAAAGUUCUUGAAAUGUUCCGUAUUGACUGACCUUCAUGUCUUAAAGUAAUGAAGGACUGUCGUUUCUCUUUGCUUAUUUGAGCUGUUCUUGGCAUAAUAUGGACUUGGUCUUUUACCAAAUAGGGCUAACUUCUGUAUGCCCCCCCCCCCCCCCCCCCCCUGCAUUCCAGGUGUAUACCUCAUGAAGCUGGUUGAGAGAAUGCCAAGAGUGUGCAAAGCUGUCAUCAAGGCAAAGGGUGGCUAUUUGAAGAAUCUCAAAUAUAAAAUAUAUUUUGAUUUGUUUAACACUUUGGUUACUACAUGAUUCCAUAUGUGUUAUUUAAUAGUUUUGAUGUUCUCACUAUUAUUAUACAAUGUAAAAAAUAGUAAAAAUAAAGAAAAACCCUUGAAUGAGUAGAUGUGUCCAAACUUUUGAAGUCGGAAGUUUACAUACAUUAAGUUGACUGUGCCUUUAAACAGCUUGGAAAAUUCCAGAAAAUGAUGUCAUGGCUUUAGAAGCUUCUGAUAGGCUAAUUGACAUAAUUUGAGUCAAUUGGAGGUGUACAUGUUGAUGUAUUUCAAGGCCUACCUUCAAACUCAGUGCCUCUUUGCUUGACAUCGUGGGAAAAUCAAAAUAAAUCAUCCAAGACCUCCGAAAAUUUUUUUGGGUCCUCCACAAGUCUGGUUCAUCCUUGGGAGCAAUUUCCAAACGCCUGAAGGUACCAUGUUCAUCUGUACAAACAAUAGUACGGAAGUAUAAACACCAUGGGACCACACAGCCAUCAUACCGCUCAGGAAGGAGACGCGUUCUGUCUCCUAGAGAUGAACGUACUUUGGUACGAAAAGUGCAAAUCAAUCCCAGAACAACAGCAAAGGACCUUGUGAAGAUGCUGGAGGAAACAGGUACAAAAGUAUCUAUAUCCACAGUAAAACGAGUCCUAUAUCGACAUAACCUGAAAGGCCGCUCAACAAGCCACUGCUCCAAAACCACCAUAAAAAGCCAGACUACGGUUUGCAACUGCACAUGGGGACAAAUAUCGUACUUUUUGGAGAAAUGUCCUCUGGUCUGAUGAAACAAAAAUAGAACUGUCUGGCCAUAAUGACCAUCGUUAUGUUUGGAGGAAAAAGGGGAAUGCUUGCAAGCUGAAGAACACCAUCCCAACCGUGAAGCACGGGGGUGUCAGCAUCAUGCUGUGGGGGUGCUUUUCUGCAGGAGGGACUGGUGCACUUCACAAAAUAGAUGGCAUCAUGAGGAAGGAAAAUUAUGUGGAUAUAUUGAAGCAACAUCUCAAGACAUCAGUCAGGAAGUUAAAGCUUGGUCGCAAAUGGGUCUUCCAAAUGGACAAUGACCCCAAGCAUACAUCCAAAGUUGUGGCAAAAUGGCUUCAGGACAACAAAGUCAAGUUAUUGGAGUGGCCAUCACAAAGCCCUGACCUCAAUCCUAUAGAACAUUUGUGGUCAGAACUGAAAAUGCGUGCGCGAGCAAGGAGGCCUACAAACCUGACUCAGUUACACCAGCUCUGUCAGGUGGAAUGGGCCAAAAUUCACCCAACUUAUUGUGGGAAGCUUGUGGAAGGCUACCCGAAACGUUUUGACCCAAGUUAAACAAUUUAAAGGCAAUGCUACCAAAUACUAAUUGAGUGUAUGUAAACUUCUGACCCACUGGGAAUGUGAUGAAAGAAAUAAAAGCUGAAAUAAAUAAUUCUCUCUACUAUUAUUAUGACAUUUCACAUUCUUAAAAUAAAGUGGUGAUCCUAACUGACCUAAGACAGGGCAUUUUUACUAGGAUUAAAUGUCAGGAAUUGUGAAAAACUGAGUUUAAAUGUAUUAAGGUGUAUGUAAACGUCCGACUUCAACUGUAGUAUAUCAUUUUUGACUGGAUUUUUCCUUUAAGGUUUUUCAUAUAAAAAAACAUCACAAGAAUAUUUACAUCUUGAUUUUGUCUAAGGUAAUGGUUAGCAAAAUUAGGUACAUUGAGAAAGCACACUUUCUGUAACCUCAAUGUCAACUUGUUUUUACAUCGCAUUUUACAGUCGUUGUCAAAAGUUUUGAGAAUGACACAAAUACUAAUUUUCACAAAGUCUGCUGCCUCAGUUUUGAUGAUGGCAAUUUGCAUAAACUCCAGAAUGUCAUUGAGAGUGAUCAGAUGAAUUGCAAUUCAUUGCAAAGUCCCUCUUUGCCAUGAAAAUGAACUUAAUCCCAAAAAAACAUUUCCACUGCAUUUCAGCCCUGCCACAAAAGGACCAGCUGCCAUCAUAUCAGUGAUUCUCUCGUUAACACAGGUGAGCGUGUUGACGAGGACAAGGCUGGAGAUCACUCUGUCAUGCUGAUUGAGUUAGAAUAACAGACUGGAAGCUUUAAAAGGAGGGUGGUGCUUGAAAUCAUUGUUCUUUCUCUGUUAACCAUGGUUACCUGCAAGAAAACACGUGCCGUCAUCAUUGAUUUGCACAAAAAGGGCUUCACAGGCAAGAUAUUGCUACUAGUAAGAUUGCACCUAAAUCAACCAUUUAUCGGAUCAUCAAGAACUUCAAGGAGAGAGGAUCAAUUGUUGUGAAGAAGAUGUCAGGGCGCCCAAGAAAUUCCAGCAAGUGCCAGGACCAUCUCCUAAAGUUGAUUCAGCUGCGGGAUCGGGGCACCACCAGUGCAGAGCUUCCUCAGGAAUGGCAGCAGGCAGGUGUGAGUGCAUCUGCACGCACAGUGAGGCGAAGACUUUUGGAGGAUGGCCUGGUGUCAAGAAGGGCAGCAAAGAAGCCACUUCUCUCCAGGAAAAACAUCAGGGACAGACUGGUAUUCUGCAAAAGGUACAGGGAUUGGACUGCUAAGGACUGGGUCAUUUUCUCUGAUGAAUCCCUUUUCCGAUUGUUUGGGGCAUCCGGAAAAAAGCUUGUCCGGAGAAGACAAGGUGAGCGCCACCAUCAGUCCUGUGUCAUGCCAACAGUAAAGCAUCCUGAGACCAUUCAUGUGUGGGGUUGCUUCUCAGCCAAGGGAGUGGGCUCACUCACAAUUUUGCCUAAGAACACAGCCAUGAAUAAAGAAUGGUACCAACACAUCCUCCGAGAGCAACUUCUCCCAACCAUCCAAGAACAGUUUGGUGACGACCAAUGCCUUUUCCAGCCUGAUGGAGCACCUUGCCAUAAGGCAAAAGUGAUAACUAAGUGGCUCGGGGAACAAAACAUAUACAUUUUGGGUCCAUUGCCAGGAAACUCCCCCAUUGAGAACUUGUGGUCGAUCCUCAAGAGGCGGGUGGACAAACAAAAACCACAAACUCUGACAUACUUCAAGCAUUGAUUAUGCAAGAAUGGGCUGCCAUCAGUCAGGAUGUGGCCCAGAAGUUAAUUGACAGCAUGCCAGGGCGGAUUGCAGAGGUCUUGAAAAAGAAGGGUCAACACUGCAAAUAUUGACUCUUUGCAUAAACUUAAUGUCAUUGUCAAUAAAAGCCUUUGACACUUAUGGAAUGCUUGUAAUUAUACUUCAGUAUACCAUAGUAACAUCUGACAAAAAUAUCUCAUAACACUGAAGCAGCGAACUUUGUGAAGACCAAUACUUGUGUCAUUCUCAAAACGUUUGACCACGACUGUAGAUAUAAGGUUUAUAGGUUAUGUAUUUUGGUUGUUUUCAGUGUAUUUUCAAUGCUUUCAGACAAUGCAAUUAAUCACAAUUUUUUAAUUGAGUGCACAAAAAUUACAAAACGUUAACUCGAUAAAAAAACAAAACGAUACAAAAUAAAGUGCAUAAACAAUGAAGUUGCCAGACUUCAAUAUGCGUCAGACUCCAGAAAUAAACAUGUCUAUUUCUUUCACCCAUUGAAUCCCUCAUUCACCCCUCUCUUACCUGUUACAUGUCCAUGGUGCCGGCUGACAUUCACUCACUCACUCAUUCAAAAUCUUUCUCUCACUCACACAAUCCUUCUUUCCCUCAAUAAGUCACUCUCUCACUAACAAAACUCCUCAGUGGUGGAAAGAGUACUGAAAUAUCCUACUCAAGUAGAAGCAGUGGUGAUUUAACAUAUAAAUCUUGGUGGGGCAAACUCCAAAACAUUUUUUUGAUGCAUGUCAGCAAAGCCACUACACAACAGUAAACAAUACAUUAAUGCACUAUAACUGUGACAAACGGUGCCCACAAACUGUUAGGGCCUACAUAAAGCUGUCCCGACAGUGGAGCUUUAGUUCACUCAGCCUCAUUUACUAACUUUUUAGCACCAUAGCUGAUAUGGCUGACUUGCUUAAAUAAAUGUGGUUUCUACUGACUCCUUUUGGAUUGUUGUAAGUCGAGAAGAACCGCAUUGUCUUUCAAUAAUAAAGAACGCCAACAUGAGUUUUGACUUUUGAACCAUACACAAACAUUAUUACAUUUAUGUUCAGUAAAUUCAUAAUGUUUGUUAUUAUAUCAUUAACACUUAGCUCUAAGUAUAACCAAGUGCAAGCAAAAGAGCUGUGACGAGGUAGGCCUAUUCGUUCGUACUUUCAAAAUGGACACCGACAGAAAUUCAGAUAGAUGUUAGUUCAUAUAAAUUUAGCAUGAUGUUGAGGCCUUAACUUUACUCUUCUUUAAGUCAACACAGAAAGAGAGAGAGAGAGAGAGAGAGAGAGAGAGAGAGAGAGAGAGAGAGAGAGAGAGAGAGAGAGAGAGAGAGAGAGAGAGAGAGAGAGAGAGAGAGAGAGAGAGAGAGAGAGAGAGAGAGAGAGAGAGAGAGAGAGAGAGAGAGAGAGAGACAGUUAGCCUACCAUUUGAAGUAUUUUAUUAAGCCUAUGUGGUCUAAAAAGGAAGGAAAAUACAAUCACGAGGAUCCACUUUUAUAGACAAUAUACCAACACACAGACAGUGAAUUGCGCAAACAAAACAACCGUCGCAAUAUCAACUGGAAUUACAUGGGUCUAUUACUGAACUUUUUGUUGAAAACACAUAUUUGAAUGGGAAGAGACUGUCACUGGCAAACAUUGUUACAGACCCAACAACAUUAUAUAGUAUCCCCUCCUUCUGAAGAAAAGCACAUGAGCUAAUUUAUGCAGCAGCAUACAAGACUCAUCGUUGUUGUGCUGUGCUCACUUGAACAGGAAGGUGGCAAUGCGGUCCUUCUUGUGGGAAAAUGCUGUCAUCAAAGGUGCUUUCAAGACAACUGGGAACUCUGAAAAAAGGUUGAAUCAUGACGUCAGUGAUCUUCAGGUCAAGCUCUAGAAUGAGUCCUGAGUUCCAGGCUUGGAAUUCCGAGUUGGAUGACCGUUCAAAACGUAUUAUCCCAGUUGGAGCUCGUUUUUUUCAGAGUUCCAAGUUGUCUUGAACACACUGGUCUGAGAUUUCCCAGUUCUGACAUUCCAGUUGUUUUGAAUGCGGCAGAAGUCAUGCUGAAUUGACAGCAUGGCCAAUGUAUUCAACCUUUUCUGGCCCAUUGUGUUGCGAGUGAAUGUUUAUCCUUUUAAGCUUGGAAAAGAGACCAUUUCAGACAGAUGUUUUAAAUCCUUAAACCCAGACUUGGACCACACACCCUCUCCACCGAAUAGUAGGCAAGGGAAGCAAAAUAGUGAUUGCUUUGCAAUGCUUGCAGUUAGCCACUGAUUCCUUCCAAACCACUCAUUGUUGAAUUUGUGAUUUCCGACUUGUUGUGUAAUGUUUAUGUCCAAUGGCCGAUGAGCACCGAUACCUUUUAUCUAUAAUUUAUCUUCAUAUGACAAGGAUUGAAAAUGAUUUGCCAGUAGACUGUCGACGUGAUUCAUGAUGAUGACUCGUUAUAUCUACCAACCAAAGCUAUGGUAGAUAUAACGAGAUUUGACGUCAUUUUAUCUGUGGCCAAUGACCUUGAGCCUUUUUGGAUGUGCACUUCUAAGGUAAAUCUAUGACAGCACCCAAGGGGGCUUGAACUGCCUGGAUCUCCCUGUAGAUUCUGCGGUGACGUAGUGUCCCCAUGAGUGAUAGACCACUGAGCCAAUCACGGUGCAACUAGAGAAGAUUACCAACACCUACGCUCUGUAUAUUCCGCUGGCUGCCCCGCCACCACAGAAAGCACUGAGCUAGGCUGAAACACCUGCAUUUUGGAGCUGCCUUACUCAAGAAAGAGACCAUGUUUGUAUGCGGCUUGGAUUCACAUGGACAGUCUAUGUCAUGGAAAGAGCAGGUAUUCCUAAUGUUUUAUACACUCAGUGUAUGUCUAUUGUUCUGCUAUCACAGGAAGACGAGGAGUACAGACGCGUCAUCUCCCAGCGCUGCCUGGGCUCCUUCAAUGCCUCCAAGCCCCGCGGUGGCUCUACCUUCUUACCAAUGCUCGGGGACAACGACCUGCCCACCACAGUGGACUGGAGGGACAAGGGCUAUGUCACCCCCAUCAAGGACCAGAAGGAUUGCGGCUCCUGCUGGGCUUUCAGCACGGUAAGAGAGGGAGAGGGAAGGGGUUAAGAGAGUGAAUGAACUACAGCAUAGACUCUGCUCUACUUAGACGUAGUUGAGUAAUUGCUCGGCCUGUUCUACUCAUUUACCUACAGUACCAGUCAAAGGUUUAGACACACCUAAUCAUUCAAGGGUUUUUCUUUAUUUUUUACUAUUUUCUACAUUGUCUAAUAAUGGUAAAGACAUCAAAACUAUGAAAUAGCACAUAUUGAAUAAUGCAGUAGCCAAAAAAGUGUUAAACAAAUCAAAAUAUAUUUUACAUUUGAGAUUCUUCAAAUAGCCACCCUUUGCCUUGACGACAGCUUUGCACACUCUUGGCAUUCUCUCAACCAGCUUCACCUGGAAUGCCUUUCCAACAGUCUUGAAGGAGUCCCACAUAUGCUGAGCACUUGUUGGCUGCUUUUCCUUCACUCUGCCGUCAGACUCAUCCCAAACCAUCUCAAUUGGGUUGAGGUCAGGGGAUUGUGGAGGCCAGGUCAUCUGAUGCAGCACUCCAUCACUCUCCUCUCCUAGGUUUUGCCUUUCUAGGGAGUUUUUCCUAGCCACCGUGCUUCUACACCUGCAUUACUAGCUGUUUGGGGUUUUAGGCUGGGUUUCUGUACAGCACUUCGAGAUAUUAGCUGAUGUAAGAAGGGCUAUAUAAAAUAAAAUUGAUUGAUUGAUUGAUUGGUAAAAUAGCCUUACACAGCCUGGAGGUGUGUUGGGUCUUUGUCCUGUUGAAAAACAAAUGAUGGUCCCACCAAGCGCAAACCAGAUGGGAUGGCGUAUCACUGCAGAAUGCUGUGGUAGCCAUGCUGGUUAAGUAUGCCUUGAAUUCUAAAUACAUCACAGACAGUGUCACCAGCAAAGCAUCCCCACACCAUAACGCCACCUCCUCCAUGAUUUACGGUGGGAAAUACACAUGCGGAGAUCAUCCGUUCACACACACCGUGUCUCACAAAGCCACGGCGGUUGGAACCAAAAAUCUCAAAUUUGGACUCCAGACAAAAGGACAAAUUUCCACCGGUCUAAUGUCCAUUGCUCGUGUUUCUUGGCCCAAGCAGGUAUUUUUUUCUUAUUGGUGUCCUUUAGUAGUGGUUUCUUUGCAGCAACAUGACCAUGAAGGCCUGAUUCACACAGUCCCAUCUGAACAGUUGAUGUUGAGCUGUGUCUGUGACUUGAACUCUGUGAAGCAUUUAUUUGGGCUGCAAUUUCUGAGGAUGGUAACUCUAAUGAACUUAUCCCCUGCAGCAGAGGUAACUCUGGGUCUUCCAUUCCUGUGGCGGUCCUCAUGAGAGCCAGUUUCAUCAUAGCGCUUGAUGAUUUUUGCGACUGCACUUGAAGAAACUUUCAAAGUUCUUUAAAUGUUCUGUAUUGACUGACCUUCAUGUCUUAAAGUAAUGAUGGACUGUCAUUUCUCUUUGCUUAUUUGAGCUGUUCUUGGCAUAAUAUGGACUUGGUCUUUUACCAAAUAGGGCUAACUUCUGUAUGCCCCCCCCCCCCCCCCCCACACACACACACCUUGUCACAACACAACUGAUUGGCUCAAACGAAUUAAGAAGGAAAGAAAUUUCACAAAUUAACUUUUAAGAAGGCACACCUGUUAAUUGAAAUGCAUUCCAGGUGACUACCUCAUGAAGCUGGUUGAGAGAAUGCCAAGAGAAUGCAAAGCUGUCAUCAAGGCAAAGGGUGGCUAUUUGAAGAAUCUCAAAUAUAAAUUUGUUUAACACUUUUGAUUUGUUUAACACUUUUUUGGUUACUACAUGAUUCCAUACAUGUUAUUUCAUACCAAAAAUAAAGAAAACCCUUGAAUGAGUAGGUAUGUCCAAACUUUUGACUGGUAGUGUAUGUAUAAUGUAUUCUGUUUGUGUGGUGAGAGCGAAACAAUAAUGAGUGUGUGUUUGGGUGGUGUAUCUUAUAUCCCCAGUCUGUAAAUGUUUACAUUUUUGUAUUCGGCUGUUUUCCAAACAUUGUGGGCUGUGGCCCUAAAAUUAUGCAUAGGAACAUCUAUUUGAAUGCAGUGGUGUAAAGUACUUAAGUAAAAAAAACUUGAAAGUACUACUUAAGUAGUUUUUUGCGGUAGCAGUACUUUACUUUACCAUUUAUAUUUUUUGACAUCUUUUACUUUUACUCCACUACAUUCUUAAUGAAAAUAAUGUACUUUUUACUCCAUACAUUUUCCCUGACACCCAGAAGUACUCGUUACAUUUUGAAUGCUUAGCAGGACAGGAAAAUGGUCCAAUUCAUGCACUUAUCAAGAGAACCUCUCUGGUCACCCCUACUGCCUCUGAUCUGGCGGACUCACUAAACACAAAUGCUUCAUUUAUAAAUUAUGUCUGAGUGUUGGGGUGUGCUGCUGGCUAUCCAUAAAAAAAUAAAAAAUAAAUCGUGCCAUCUGGUUUGCUUAAUAUAAGGAAUUUGAAAUUAUUUAUACUUUUACUUUUGAUACUUAAGUAUAUUUGAGCAAUUACAUUUACUUUUGAUACGUAUAUAUAUAUACUUAUAAGUAUAUUAAUAACCUAAUACUUUUGGACUUUUACUCAAGUAGUAUUUUACUGGAUGACUUUCACUUUUACUUGAGUCAUUUUCUAUUAAGGUAACUUUACUUUUAUUCAAGUAUGAGAAUUGGGUACUUUUUCCACCACUGUUUGAAUGUGAGUGUCCUUCAUUUCACAGUUAUGUCUCCCUGCCACAUCUCUCUAACUCUCCAUCUUUGUGAAGGCAACCUACACAGGGACCUUCUUUAUAAACAGACAGAGAAACACACACCAUGGAGACAUUGGAAGUGCAUUCAAAGACUCCAGAAUUCUUAAAUUAGAUUUUUCAGAAAGUGGUCUUAAAGUUUCCAUCCAGUGUUCAAGAUUUUUUAUGAAAUAUUACCUCAAAUGAAUUUAGAUAUGAAUUAAAUAGAUGUCCUUCCAAAACAUUUGUAUAAUUAAGGGUGUUAAAAAUAAACGUUAUAUGUGGCCCUGCUUGGCCUGUUGGGAAACAACAGAGUGGUUUGGGCAUAUAGUGGUAAAAAAACUGAUUUGACAGCUCAGCCAAUGAGAUGCGAAUACACUUGGAUAUUCAAAUUAGCUUCCACACUAAAUAGUAUUGAUGGAUUCAGGAUUUGGAAAUGCAUGAUGGAACUACUAGGGCACCUUACUACAACAGCAAAUAUAUGCAGAAGGAAUAUUUCACAAGCAUUAGUUGUUUCUAUCCUUUGCUUUGUUAGCUACCUAACUAGCUGUGAAGCUAGCUAGCUAGCUGCUGCUGCUACCUCUAUUAGUCAACAACAGCUAACUAAGUUUCCUCUUGACAUAAAACUUUUAGCAAUAAAUCACAGGAUUUAAAAUACAAGGAAAUGGUGAAAUGAUUGUUGUGUGGAGGAUCUACUUUAAAUUGCUUUCUUGUUGGCUAGCUAGCUAGCCAAGUAAGCCGCGAUAGCUAACGUUAGCAUACAAGCUAACAUUAGCUAACUGCUUCUAAACUGCCAGCAGGCCAACUCUUACAAAUCACACAGUUUGAAAUAGAAGUGACUUGCGAGAUAGUUGUUGCAUUGGCUUUGUCCUUUUUGCUAACAUCAGCUGUGGACUGCUUGGCUUGCUAGCUAGCUUGCUUUUGUGCAGUGAGUCCUGAGCCCAUGUCUCCCCUAGUCUCGAGAAGGAUCCUUCUCCCCAUCUGAGAAUUUUGGAUAAAAAGGAAAAGGCUGCUGGACCAAUCAUACGGGCCUGUUUCGGCCAAAGAGGAUGAUGUCAUUAUGCAAGCAAAUUUAGUUUGAGAUGGUGUUUUUCUUUAAUUUAUGAUUUGGCCAAUACUACAGGUAAAAGACGAGUCAACAACAUUAUUUGGGUAUGAGCAAACAGAAUAUGAUCUUUUAAAAAUCAGAUUUUCACUGGACAGUUACUUUAAAUUAGAUUUUUUUGCAUAGUUUUAAAGGAGCCCCCUGCCCCCAGAUGAAGUUCCUGCCACUAAUUUCCUGUCCUAGAGAGUUUAGGUUCCACCUCCGAAGAAUGACAAAGGCUACUUAUACAUAUUCACGAAUUGGGUGUGAUUGGGUGUGAUUUCCACUUGAAGCUGUCAACUGUCAGUGUAUCUAGCUAGCAUGUUUACGUUAUCUAGCUAGCUAUCUUGCUAACCUUAUCUAGCUAACUGAUAUUUUCUGUUGUUGCAGGGUUUUUUUUUACUACACCGUAUUCGAAAGAUUAGCCAGCUGGCUGUAUGGCUGGUUCUGGAGCUGGAUUUGUCAUAAGCAUUGAUUUAAGGAAAACUUCAACACAGAUUAAAGCUUAUCUUUGACUUCACCAUCUAUUGUUAUCUCCAAAGUUUUGGCAUCUUCCGUAAUUGCAGCUACAAAUCCGCCAUAUAAAUAGUUAGAAAGAAUAAGAUGAAGCUCCGGUAGUAUGGAUAACAAUUGAAAGAUAUGCAUUUUUCUACAUUGUAAUGGACACGGUGCAACCUUUGGUAGUUAGGCUGCAGUACAGCAAAGCCAAGUCAGCCCAUGCUCAUGGUUCUCACAGGGGAAGUGAAAUGAUAGGCUACAAUGAUUUUGCUCAUGAUCAUGCAUGCCGCAAAUUACAUGUAACACGCCUUUUCAUUAUCUGGAUAGGCACUUGUGGUUUCUAGCUGACGUUACACCAAUCCAAGCAGUGGCGCGUGUAGUGAAGCAAAACAUUAGUGGUCAAAACCAUUUAUCCUGGGGCAAGCGGGUUUACAAAUUGCUAUCAUAUCACGCAGUUAUACCAUUUAUAAAAUGGUAAUAUAUACAGUGCAUUCGGAAAGUAUUCAGACCAUUUCCCUUUUCCACAUUUUCUUAUGUUACAGCCUUAUUCUAAAAUUGAUUAAAUUAAAUAUUUUCCUCAUCGGUCUACACACAAUACCCCAUAAUGACAAAUCAAAAAUCUUUAAUAAUAAAAUAAUAAUAAUAAUAAUAAUAAAAAAUAACAAAAUAUUGACAUAAGUAUUCAGACCCUUUGCUAUGAGACUCGAAAUUGAGCUCAGGUGCAUCCUGUUUCCAUUGAUCAUUCUUGAGAUGUUUCUACAACUUGAUUGGAGUCCACCUGUGGUAAAUUCAAUUGAUUGGACAUCAUUUGGAAAGGCACACACCUGUUCAUAUAAGGUCCCACAGUUGACAAUGCAUGUUCUUAAAUGGAAGAAUUUUAGAACCACCAAGACUCUUCCAAGAGCUGGCCGCCCGGCCAAACUUAGCAAUCUGGGGAGAAGGGCCUUGGUCAGGGAGGUGACCAAGAACCCGAUGGUCACUCCGACAGAGCUCCAGAGUUCCUCUGUGGAGAUGGAAGAACCUUUUUGGUUACUACAUGAUUCCAUAUGUGUUAUUUCAUCAUUUUGAUAUCUUCACUAUUAUUCUACAAUGUAGAAAAUAGUAAAAAAAUUAAGAAAAACCCUUGAAUGAGUAGGUGUGUCCAAACCUUUGACUGGUACUGUAUAUACAGUGGGGAGAACAAGUAUUUGAUACACUGCCGAUUUUGCAGGUUUUCCUACUUACAAAGCAUGUAGAGGUACACUUCAAAUGUGAGAGACAGAAUCUAAAACAAAAAUCCAGAAAAUCGCAUUGUAUGAUUUUUAAGUAAUUAAUUUGCAUUUUAUUGCAUGACAUAAGUAUUUGAUCACCUACCAACCAGUAAGAAUUCCGGCUCUCACAGACCUGUUAGUUUUUCUUUAAGAAGCCCUCCUGUUCUCCACUCAUAACUGCACCUGUUUGAACUCGUUACCUGUAUAAAAGACACCUGUCCACACACUCAAUCAAACAGACUCCAACCUCUCCACAAUGGCCAAGACCAGAGAGCUGUGUAAGGACAUCAGGGAUAAAAUUGUAGACCUGCACAAGGCUGGGAUGAGCUACAGGACAAAAGGCAAGCAGCUUGGUGAGAAGGCAACAACUGUUGGCGCAAUUAUUAGGAAAUGGAAGAAGUUCAAGAUGACGGUCAAUCACCCUCUGCCUGGGGCUCCAUGCAAGAUCUCACCUCAAGGGGCAUCAAUGAUCAUGAGGAAGGUGAGGGAUCAGCCCAGAACAACACGGCAGGACCUGGUCAAUGACCUGAAGAGAGCUGGGACCACAGUCUCAAAGAAAACCAUUAGUAACACACUACGCCGUCAUGGAUUAAAAUCCUGCAGCGCACGCAAGGUCCCCCUGCUCAAGCCAGCGCCCGUCUGAAGUUUGCCAAUGACCAUCUGGAUGAUCCAGAGGAGGACUGGGAGAAGGUCAUGUGGUCUGAUGAGACAAAAAUAUAGAUUUUUGGUCUAAACUCCACUCGCCGUGUUUGGAGGAAGAAGAAGGAUGAGUACAACCCCAAGAACACCAUCCCAACUGUGAAGCAUGGAGGUGGAAACAUCAUUCUUUGGGGAUGCUUUUCUGCAAAGGGGACAGGAUGACUGCACCGUAUUGAGGGGAGGAUGGAUGGGGCCAUGUAUCGCGAGAUCUUGGCCAACAACCUCCUUCCCUCAGUAAGAGCAUUGAAGAUGGGUCAUGGCUGGGCCUUCCAGCAUGACAAUGACCCGAAACACACAGCCAGGGCAACUAAGGAGUGGCUCCGUAAGAAGCAUCUCAAGGUUCUGGAGUGGCCUAGCCAGUCUCCAGACCUGAACCCAAUAGAAAAUAUUUGGAGGGAGCUGAAAGUCCGUAUUGCCCAGCGACAGCCCCGAAACCUGAAGGAUCUGGAGAAGGUCUGUAUGGAGGAGUGGGCCAAAAUCCCUGCUGCAGUGUGUGCAAACCUGGUCAAGACCUACAGGAAAUGUAUGAUCUCUGUAAUUGCAAACAAAGGUUUCUGUACCAAAUAUUAAGUUCUGCUUCUCUGAUGUAUCAAAUACUUAUGUCAUGCAAUAAAAUGCAAAUUAAUUACUUAAAAACCAUACAAUGUGAUUUUCUGGAUUUUUGUUUUAGAUUCCGUCUCUCACAGUUGAAGUGUACCUAUGAUAAAAAUUACAGACCUCUACAUGCUUUGUAAGUAGGAAAACCUGCAAAAUCGGCAGUGUAUCAAAUACUUGUUCUCCCCACUGUAGAUAUUUAAUACAGACUACAUCAAAAAUAAGUGAACAUUUAAAAAUGAUCCAAUGGAUAAUGAUAAUUUUCUGGGGGGAAAAAGUGUAGGUGCGAAAACAUAAGUUUGCACCCCCUAUUUUAAUUUGGUCCACGGCUCAGGCAGCCAAGUGGACACAAGGCUCUUUGGCUCAUCUCAGUCGCGAAGAGGAAUAACUUUGCAGCUGUUUCUGAUUAAUAAACAAUGCCAUGCUGGUCAGAGGUAACAUUCAAAUAAAACCCAGCCCUGAAACGAAACAUAGGCUAUCAUAGGAAAAGACACCGCAUUCACACGGAUUUGCACGAAGUGGGCAGUUCGGAUUUGUCACAUUAAGCCCCAAAAUAUCAUAAUUUGACUAAAACAAUGACUUAUUGACUUAAAUCGUUGUGCAAUAUCGUGGGUAAGCUCUGGCCAUCGUCUUUCAGCUCAAAAAAGUGGAGUCCUACUGUGGUUGGCGCUUAAGUGUGCUCCCCCCCACCUCCCUCCCUCCUUCACUCCCUCCCUCCCUCCCUCAGACUGGCUCUCUGGAAGGCCAGCACUACAGGAAGACCAAUAAGCUGGUGUCCCUCAGUGAGCAGCAGCUGGUUGACUGCUCCGGCGAGUUUGGCAACAUGGGCUGCAUGGGCGGUCUCAUGGACCAGGCCUUCGAGUAUAUCAAGUCCUUGGCCCCUGGAGGCCUGGACACUGAGGACACCUACCCCUACCAUGCUGAGGUGAGCACUGAACAGUGGGCAGGGUUGUGUUAAUUAGGACUACACGUUUAAAAACAUUUCAGUUCAUUUUCUUCCAUUUGGUACCUAAUGAAUACACCCUAGAUCUUGAUAGAAGUUGUCUUUAGGUACAGAUCUUGCAUCAGAUGGCUCUCCCUAAAGCCCAACUGUUAAGCAUUAGAAAUUAGAAAUGCCAAACUGACCUUAGAUCAGUGUAUAGAUAGGGUCAAAUUCAUCCUUCUCCCAGUGUGGUGCAGGCCCACACGAGCCCCAUACAGAGCAGUAGUAGGCUACAAGGUUGGGCUCAAUUCAGAAUUUAAUUGAGAAUGCCUCAUCAUUUCCAAUUAAAUUAUUGAAUUUGAAUUUAAUUUGAAUUGAAGCAGUAAACAGUAUACAGAAUUGCAAUUCAAAUUUGAAUUAAAGGAAAUUGAAUGAUUGAUUUCAGUGAAAUUAAAUUAAAAUUAUUAUAUUCUAUAAUAGGUGUAGUCUAUACAAUCAUACAUCUUGUACAUAAAAACAUCAAACAUGUCGUUAUAUACAUGCAAAUAAAAUAUUGUUGAAACAAUUGAUUUUCAGGACAAACUUUUAAAAUGUGAAUAGUCAAGGAAAACAAAACUUGAAUGUGAAUAUUUUAAGUUGUUAUAUUUCAUUAAUCACUUAAAGGUUCUUAAAUAUGGGGUAAAUACUACAUUUCCCAAUGCAUUAGUUUAACCCUCAAGUUGACCCUGAGACCUUCAAAAAGAAGCCAAACAAAUGAAAUGGUUGGUGGAAAUAUAAUUGGCUAUUAUAAGCACUAAGGUUAAAAUAGUAUAUGAACAUUGUUUCCAGAGAAAGGUGAUAUAUUCUUUGGUAUCUGGAAGUAUGAACUGUCAGAUUCAAUAAAACUCAUGUUCUAUGACUGUGGAAUUUAUUUUAAUUGCACUGAAUUCAAUUCUACUUCCUGUCACUCAAACUCAAAUUCUACAUCCUAAUUCUAAUUUCAAAUCUUGAAUUGAAUUGGAGUCAAUUCCAACAUUCUGAAUUGAGCCCAACCCUGGUAGGCUAUGACAACCUCCAGACUCAAGGAAGAAAUACAACAGUGACAUCUAGUCGACAUGGUUAGUGGUGCAGACAGUUGAGAGAGCAUUAUUUUACAAUGACACAUUUAGGUGUGAAUAGAAUAUUUAAUAUUUGCUAAGUUGUAUGUGCUUACACUUCUACUAGUGCAUGCUAUUUUGGUCAAAUUUUAAGAAUACUUAAUAUUUUUACAUACAGUCAAAAUAAUGCUUUUCUACUGAACUUUUGCCAUAAACAAUUACCAACUACACUUCUAUACUGUAUAUUUAACAAUGUCUUUCUAUGACAGGACAAAAUGUGCCGCUACAAGCCAGACAGUGUGGGUGCCACCUGCACCGGGUACGUUGACGUGACCAGCGGUGACGAGAGCGCCCUGCAGCAGGCUGUGGCCACCGUCGGACCUGUGUCUGUGGCCAUCAAUGCCGCACACUCAUCCUUCCAGCUCUACAAAUCAGGUGAGGUCUUUUUUAGUCAUGCCUCUCUCCAGCCGAAUAAGGUUAGGCCUUUUAAGACACGCCUCUCUCUAGAUGAAUCAGAUUAGGCUUUUUAAGACACGCCUCUCUCCAACCUGGACCUACACCUGUCAUCUUGGUCAAACUUUAAACAAACUAUAACUUAUAAGGCAUUAUAAAGCCUUCAGAAACCGUUUAUAAACCCAUUAUAAGCUAAUAACAGGUCCUGACAUCUGGUUCUUUAACAAAUGUGGCAUAAGCCUUAUACUACCCAUUAAAUACUAUGACAUUUUCUCAUGAAUGAUUUUUGAAGCAUUUAUGUAGGUAGGCCUUAUAAAGGGCUUAUGAAAGCUUCAUUGAGACUCAAUAAGUUAUGGUUCAUAACUGUGAACUGAAUGAUCUAUGAAUGAUCUAUGAAUGAAUGAUCUAUCUAUUCUUUCUUAGAUGUGCAGUAAAUGCUCCCUGUGUGUUUUGUACAUUGAAUGCAAUGUAUUGACUUGGGCGUCAACAAUCGUGAUGCAUAUCCCUUUGCAAAAUGUUCAAAAUGUGACACAUGUAAACGGACACCAGGCUGAUUGUGUGUAUAUUGAGAAUAACUGAGUGGUUGUUCAUUCCCAGGUGUCUAUGAUGAGCCAGAGUGCAGCAGCGAUCAGCUGGAUCAUGGUGUGCUGGCUGUGGGCUAUGGCACUAGUGAUGAUGGCCAGGACUACUGGCUGGUGAAGAACAGGUAAAUAACAUAAUGUAUGCUGUAUGAAAUCAAGCUAGGCCUAUCUGAUUGGUCAAGAACAACCAUGUUGGACUGCUUCAACCAUGGUGUUGCAGUUGCAUUUCCUAAUCUCAGUACUGUCAGAGAUGGGCUCCGUUAUAACAGGGCCAGUGUGGUUAGUAAGAAUGGGGCCUGAUGUGCCAAUAACAAACUACGAUGCUUAAAACAGGUGGUUGAAGCGGUCCAACACACUAAGAUCAAUGUUGCUAUGCUAUUGCUAAUUGCUAAGUGUUUGCUUGAUGUGUGUGUUCUAGCUGGGGCCUUGACUGGGGAGAUAAGGGCUACAUGAUGAUGUCCAGGAAUAAGCACAACCAGUGUGGCAUCGCCACGGCUUCCAGCUACCCCCUGGUCUAA